AUGGUCAGUUGCACACGUCUGGUACUAGUACAGAAAGAUGCCAUGUUCAAAGCUGGGAACAGCAGAACGAGGGCCGUAUAUUUAGACAAAGCUGUCGAGAAUAACUUCUACAGAUGGUUGGCAGCCCUGGUUGCCUCUGCUAUGGCUGCCCCCGGAGGCAUUGGUUAUGGCGGUGGAUAUAGAGGCGGAUUGGGAGGAUUCGGCGGUGGAUAUGGAGGAGGAUUUGGUGGUGGAUACGGAGGCUACGGCGCUGGAUAUGGAGGCUACGGUGGUGGAUAUGGUGGUGGCUACGCUGGUGGAAGAGCUUCCAUCAACUUCAAUCUGGGACAUGGUGGCGGAUAUGGUGGUGGCUACGGAGGACAUGGCCUAGGUCUGGGCUUUGGACGUGGUAAAUACGUACUGUUCUUCAUCGGGUUGGCAGCCCUGGUUGCCUCUGCUAUGGCGGCCCCCGGAGGCAUUGGUUAUGGCGGUGGAUAUAGAGGCGGAUUGGGAGGAUUCGGCGGUGGAUAUGGAGGAGGAUUUGGUGGUGGAUACGGAGGCUACGGCGCUGGAUAUGGAGGCUACGGUGGUGGAUAUGGUGGUGGCUACGCUGGUGGAAGAGCUUCCAUCAACUUCAAUCUGGGACAUGGUGGCGGAUAUGGUGGUGGCUACGGAGGGUAUGGCCUAGGUCUAGGCUUUGGACGUGGUGUAGGAUACGGCGGUGGCUAUGGAAAAUAA